AUGCAUACCGUUAGAGCUAUAAUAAAGACUUCAAGACCUUUGGUACAGAAAAGGCUAUUGAAUAGCUCAGCCGUUAACCCAGCUACAAGUGCUUCUGCGGCGUCUGCUAUAUCAAACAAGAUUAAAGAAGAACUUUCUGCUCCGGGUUCAGAUAUCAUCAAAAAUGCAUUCAAAGUCAACGAAGCAAAUGGUACUAGACCAAUCUAUCUUGACAUGCAAGCCACAACUCCAACUGAUCCAAGAGUUUUGGAUGUCAUGUUGAAGUUUUAUACUGGAUUAUAUGGUAACCCACACUCAAAUACUCAUAGUUAUGGUUGGGAAACUGAUAAAGAAAUUGAAAUCGCCAGAAAACAUUUAGCUGAUUUAAUUGGUGCUGAUCCAAAGGAAAUAAUAUUCACUAGUGGUGCCACUGAAUCAAAUAACAUGGCAAUCAAAGGUGUCCCAAGAUUUUACAGUAAAACCAAAAAACAUAUCAUCACUUCAAAAACCGAACAUAAAUGUAUUUUGGAUUCUGCAAGACAUUUACAAGAUGAAGGUUUUGAUGUCACAUAUUUGUCAGUCAAUGAAGAUGGGUUGAUCGAUUUGGAAGAGUUGGAAAAAUCUAUCCGUAAAGAUACUGCACUAGUUUCCAUUAUGGCUGUCAACAAUGAAAUUGGUGUUAUUCAACCGAUUGAAGAAAUUGGUAAAAUAUGUCGUAAGCACAAAGUUUUCUUCCAUUCUGAUUGUGCUCAAGCUGUCGGUAAAAUCCCAUUGAAUGUUAAUGAUAUGAAUAUUGAUUUAAUGUCAAUUUCCUCUCAUAAGAUCUAUGGUCCUAAAGGUGUUGGUGCUAUCUAUGUCAGAAGAAGACCAAGAGUAAGAUUAGAUCCAAUUAUCACUGGUGGUGGUCAAGAACGUGGGUUAAGAUCUGGUACUUUAGCUCCUCCUUUAAUUACUGGGUUUGGUGAAGCUUGCAGAAUCAUCAAAGAAGAUAUGGAAUAUGAUCAAAAACACAUUGAAAAACUAUCCAAAAGAUUGAUGGAUGGUUUAUUAUCAAUUGAGCACACCCAAUUAAAUGGUUCCAAAGAACAUAGAUACGCUGGUUGUGUUAAUGUCUCAUUUGCUUAUAUUGAAGGUGAAUCUUUAUUAAUGGCUUUGAAAGAUAUUGCUUUAAGUUCAGGUUCUGCUUGUACAUCUGCUUCAUUGGAACCAUCUUAUGUUUUGCAUGCUUUAGGUGCUGAUGAUGCCUUGGCUCAUUCUUCAAUUAGAUUUGGUAUUGGUAGAUUUACCACUGAAGAAGAAAUCGAUUAUGUUGUUAAAGCUAUAAAUGAACGUGUUGAAUUCUUGAGAGAGUUAAGUCCUUUAUGGGAAAUGGUGAAAGAAGGUAUUGACUUGAAUACAAUUGAAUGGUCUGGACAUUGA